AUGCAGUACUUGUUCAAUGCGCCGGAGGGCUACGCUAGGCUGGUUCUGGAGCACAAGACGAGGCCGUCUGCAAAGCUACGGGCGCUCUUCGUUGUGCAACCCCAAGCACUGGAUGCCCAUAUUGCAGUCAUUGCUCUGCAUGCAUCCCACACUGGUUGGGUGACUCCAGAGUGGCUCACACAGCUGGGCAGCAAGUCUUUUGAUGCACCGAAGACUCUGGCUGCAUCCAAUGAGGAUGCAUGCCACACCAGCGCAGACCCCAGUGGCAGCAUGUGCAGCAGCAGCAGUGAUGAGGAUCUGGUGAGCGCUGACAGCAGCUCUGCAGCGAGUGACUCAUCCUCAGAGGAUGUUGAUGCCCCACAAGAAAGGCUUGAAGCUGCAGAUGGAGGGCCAGAGGCCUCUUCAGCCACCAUGGAUCAGCCUGCAGCAGGGGCUGAUAACCCUGCAUUCCAACAGCUGGAUCAGCUGCUGAUGCUGCAUUCUACCAGGCAAAGCAUUUUCCAGGUGUUGAAGCAGCAGCAGCAGGCAAAUGCUGCAACAUCGACGGCGGAAAAUAAUUCACGCCAGCAGGAGCAGCUACUGGAGCAGCUGGAGAAGAGUAAACCUGAGGGCCCCUUGCCGCUGCAGCAGGCAGCACAAGUCCUAGCUAGCCGGCAGCCACGCCCACCGGCCACAAAAGGGACUGAUGCAGGCACCCAGGGGGCCUUCAGUGCCCUGGAACAGGGUGGCAACCCAGUGUAUGUGCAGCAGGGGAAGCAACGGACAUCUGGCAUGCCCCAGCGUGCUUGUGCACUGCUGGGCCACUUGAAGGCAUCCAAUCAUGCGCUGCUGGUAGUGGACUGCCCUGACCCGGCGCAGCGGCGGCUGCUCUCCAGCCAUCCUGCCAUGAAGCAGCUGCAGUCGGCUUCCAGGUUUGUGAGCACCCUGCACCUCUCAACAGCUGCUGCAGUUAGGACGAGUGCUUAUGGGGACUGGGCAAAACACCUACCGGGCCAACAGAUCUUUGCAUGCGACGCCAAAUCUGGAGAUGGCCCGGAGCUGGGCUACAUCGCAUCUGCCAGGAACCUGGCAAAGCUGAACGUAAUCAGUCCUGCGGUGUACCCUCUCCCUGCCGCCAUGACAGCUCCCUCUGGCGAGGACAUCUUCAUACCUGACGAGCCAGAGGAGCCGGAUGCUGCUGCCAAUGCUGAAGAUGCAGUGGAGGAGGUGGAUGUGACUAAGGAGCUGCUGUCCAGCCGGCCAGCGCUGCAGCAGCUGUUUGAUCGUCUGCAGGGCUCGCCCCUCUCCAAGCCAUUCACCCACCUGCCCUCUCAGCCCAGCGCCGCCCCACAACAGCCGCCCUCUGACCUCUCCUUCCUCGGACCUGCUGCACUUCCCAUCUUCCGCCCAGAAGCCGCCAUCUUUGUGCCGGCGCCCGCUGCUGCCGCAAACAGCUCCUGGUUGCCACUUAUCCCCCCGCACCCCCCGCCCAGCCACCGCCCGAUCCCCCUCGGCCACCGCUCGGUGCCCCCCGUCCACCGGAGGCCCCCCCAGCCACCACCGCACCGCCACCGCUUGAUCCCCCUUCGCCCCCGACCACCGCCACCGGAGGUCCUCCCAGGCCCCAUCAUCUUCAUCCCCCCGUCGGCUCCGGCAAUUCCCGCCGGCCGCAUCGGCCGCAUGUGGGGGGCCGCGAUGCAUCGGCCGCCGCAAUUGCUCGCGCGCGGCGCGCGCCGGCCACAGCUGCGGCCGUGGCAGCCACCAGCGCAGCCGCUGUGCCCUGUUGGGGCUUCCCCUGCUGGCGGUGGUGGGAUCGGUGACAUCUUCUGCGCAUACGGGGGCGGGCCGAAGACCCACCCCCACCCGGCCGGGGACGGCGACGGCUGGCCGGCUAAGCGGCACAGGGCCGGCAAGCAGAGCGCAGCGUCCCAGGAUGUGCAGAUGGCGGACGCAAAGGCCAAUGCCUCCAACAGGGGCGCCGCUGCAGCGCUGCGCCAGAAGGUGCAUGGCAGUGGCUCCCCUCCAGAGCGCCAGGAUGAGCUGCAUGUCAGGGAAGCGAUGGACAUCAUGGAUAUCAGCCUGGCAGUUGAUGGAGGGGCUGACUCAGUCCUGGAGCAGUCACAUAAACAUGAGGUGGCGCCCAAGGAGAGCCUGCCAAAGAGCGGCAGCCUGAACAGGCCAGCUUUUGUGGAGGAUUUGGGGCCUGCUGAAAGCCAGGAGGCCAAAGACAUGCAGCAACCAGGCGAUACAGGGGUGGCUGAGAAUGGAGAAGCUAUGGCAGAGCAUGGAGAUGUGUCAAAGGGCCAAGAAAGGGUGCAAGGCAGGCCAUCGGGCAGUGCAGCAGAGCUCGAUGAGGUCAUGGAGGAAGCAGCUCAGAGCAUUGGACACCAGUCACAGAUGCCAGAGGCAGAGAAGAAGCAGGCAGAGAAGAAGCAGCCUGAUCAGAAGCAGGCAAAGCCAGUUGCCAAGGCAGCGGGGCCUGUUCAGGCGCAGGAAGCUGCCAGGGCGGCUGCCAAGAAUGUCCCCAAAAUGAUUGUUGCCUGCCCGGCCGGCAGCCCCGCCACCCCUGAGUGCCUGAAGGCAAUGGCGGCGCGCGGCGAUGCGGCGCAGGUGCUGUUCCUGGGCACGGGCUGCGCGGAGCCGUCCAAGUACCGUGGCGGCGCGGCCGUGCACGUGCGCCUGAGCGACGGCCGGGGCCUGCUGCUGGAUGCCGGUGAAGGCGCGCUCGGCCAGCUCGUGCGCCACUUCGGGCCGGCCGGCGCGGUGGAUGCUUUGUGCUCCGUCUGGCUCUCCCACAAGCAUGCUGACCACAUUCUGGGCCUGCCGGGGAUCCUGCACGCACGUUCUGCCAGCAGCCCACCCCUUCUGGCGAGUAAUGCUGCGAUUAAGUCUUUCACAAUCCGUGGGAAGCUCACUAGCCUUGUGAUUGGCCCCUCGGCUGCGCAGAGGUGGCUGGCAGAGGCGGCUCAGGCGCUGCAGCUGCGCUACCACUUCGUGCACUGCAGGAACUUCGACGCGGACGGCGGCAUGGUGAGCUGGCAGUCAGUCCCGGUGGAGCACUGCGCGGACGCGUACGGGUUAGUCAUGCGCCACAUCUGCGGUUGGAGCCUGGUCUACAGCGGGGACUCUCGCCCCUGCCGCCGCCUGCAGGACGCGGGCCGCGGCUGCACGCUGCUGGUCCACGAGGCCACGUUUGAGCCAGCGCUGCACUCUCAGGCGGCUCAGAAGAGGCACAGCACCACGGAAGAGGCCCUGCGCGUGGCUGCGCGAAUGGGCGCCUACCGAGUGCCUGUAGGGCUGCCCACAACGGGGCCGCUGAGCGAGAUGGUGGCAUGCGCGUGCGAUGGCAUGCGCGUUCCACUGAUGCUGCUGCCAGAACUGCCGAAACUAAUGCCACACAUUGCUGCAGCCCUGGGCGAAGAGCCAGCUGCAAAGGGCAGCACUGCGCUGCACACUUAUUGA